AUGCAAGGACUCGGUAAACUCAAAGAGAAGAAGAUCAACUGCAUUCCAAACAACACCGAAAAGUACAUCUCCUUCUCCAUCGAUAAUUUGGAUUAUAUCGACUCCCUACAAUUCAUGAAUGCAUCGUUGGAGAAGUUAGUAUCCAAUCUAGCAAAGGACGGCGUUGAAAAGUUCCCCAUUCUCAAGAAAUACAUCGACAGCGACAAAAUAUCCCUUCUGCUAAGAAAAGGUGUCUACCCCUACGACUACAUGGACUGCAUAGAGAGAUUUGAAGAACCAAUCUUACCACCGAAGGAAUCCUUCUACAAUGUGUUGAACGACGAACAUAUUUCAGACGAAGAUUACGCACACGCGACGAAUGUAUUUAACAAGUUUUCCUGUCGGAACAUGGGUGAUUACCAUGAUUUGUACUUGACGUCGGACGUUCUUCUCCUUGCGGAUGUGUUUGAAAAUUUUCGAAGCGUAUGCCUCAAAGCCUACAACUUGGAUCCCUGCCACUUCUAUACAAGUCCUGGUCUAGCCUGGCAAGCGUGUUUGAAAAUGACUGAAGUCGAACUCGAGCUGCUGACCGAUCCAGACAUGUAUCUAUUCAUCGAAGAAGGUCUUCGCGGUGGAAUUUCAAUGAUUAGCAACCGUUAUGGUAAAGCUAACAAUCCAUACAUACCCGAUUAUGACCCAGAAAAAGAGACUUCUUACGUGAUGUAUCUUGAUGCUAACAACCUCUACGGCUGGGCAAUGUCACAACCUCUACCCACGGGUGAAAUUGACUGGCUAACCGACCAAGAGAUCGCAGAACUUGACAUCACAGACGUUGCUGACGAUGACGAAAAAGGCUACAUAUUGGAAGUAGACCUUCACUAUCCCUCCGAUUUACACGAUCUUCACAACGAUUAUCCUCUAGCACCUGAGAAAAUGAAGUUGACAAAGAUCCACCGCGUUUUAGUAUUCCAGCAAAGCACAUGGCUAAAGUCUUAUAUUGAUUUUAACACCGGGAAACGAAAGCACGCUGCAAACGACUUCGAGAAAGAUUUUUUUAAACUGAUGAACAACUCGGUGUUUGGUAAAACCAUGGAAAAUUUGAGAAGGCGCGUCAACGUCAAACUCGUCAACGACAAGACGAAACUAUCAAAACUAAUAGCGUCCCCUUCCUUUGACUACUUCCGUAUAUUCUCAGAAGAUUUAGCGGCCGUCAACAUGAGAAAGACGAAGCUUUACCUAAACCGUCCCAUCUAUGUCGGAUUCGCCAUCCUGGAUCUUUCCAAAGUACUCAUGUACCAGUUUCAUUACGAGUACAUGAAACGCAAGUAUGACUGCAACGCAAAGUUGCUGUUCACAGACACGGACAGCCUUUGUUAUGAGAUCAAGACCGACGACGUUUAUGAAGAUAUGCUGCAAGACAUCGAUCUCUUUGACACGUCGGAAUACGCGCGAGACCAUCCAUUGUACAGCCUGACGAAUAAGAAAGUCCUCGGCAAGAUGAAGGAUGAAACGCACGGCAUACCCAUACAAGAGUUUGUUGGUUUGAGACCCAAGAUGUACUCCAUCCUUUACACAGAAAACGACAAGCAAGUGGAGAAGAAAACUGCCAAAGGGAUAAAGAAGUCCGUAACAAAACGAAAGCUCCGACAUACUAAUUACAAAGAAUGCUUGUUUGAGAAGAAACGGACAAUGGCUAGCAUGAAUCAGAUUCGAAGUGAACGCCAUGAAAUCUACUCCAUUACACUUAAUAAAAUAGGUCUUAGUCCUUAUGACGACAAACGAUAUAUUUUAAACGAUGGAGUGAACACACUUGCUUAUGGACAUUACAGUGCAAAGUAA